GUUCAUCAUGCCUAGUGGCAUAUAAAAAGACUCCACCUCCUGUCCCACCUCGGACUACAUCAAAGCCGUUCAUCUCUGUCACUGUGCAGAGCAGCACUGAGUCCGCCCAGGACACCUACCUGGACAGCCAGGACCACAAGAGCGAGGUGACCAGCCAGUCAGGGCUCAGCAACUCUUCAGACAGCUUGGACAGCACCAGGACACCCAGCGUGACCAGGGGGAGCCUCGUGACCCCGGCGAGGGAGACUCCAGAGCUACCCCAGAAAAAUGCGACCCUGAAAAGCGACAAAGGGACUCUGACGAGCGAGGAGCCUAAAGUGGAGAACAUCCCCAAAAGAAAGCUGUCCUCUAUAGGAAUACAAGUUGACUGCCUUCAGCCAGUGGCAAAAGAGGAGCCUCCUCCACCAGCCACCAAAUUCCAGUCCAUUGGGGUGCAGGUAGAGGACGAGUGGCGAAACAGCCACUCUCGCAGCAUGUCCUCCAAACAGGACACAGACUCUGACACACAGGAACCCAAUAACUCUAGCUGUAAAUCAUCUGAGAGAAGCCUCGCUGAGUGCCCCCAGCACAACAACUCUGUCGGUGUUGAUGCCACUACCAGGCAACCAGCCAAGCCCUCACAGAUUAAGAGAAACCUCUCCUAUGGAGAAAACAGUGACCCAGCCCUGGAGCCUUCCUCUCUCCCUCCUCCCGACCCCUGGCUCGAGACCUCCUCGGCCUCCCCGUCGGAGCCCGCGCAGCCGGGGCCCUGCCGGCGGGACGGCUUCUGGUUCCUCAAGCUGCUGCAGGCCGAGACGGAGCGGCUGGAGGGCUGGUGCCGCCAGAUGGACCAGGAGACCAAAGAGAACACCCUCUCUGAAGAAGUCUUAGGAAAGGUCCUGAGUGCAGUGGGCAGUGCACAGUUACUAAUGUCACAGAAGUUCCAGCAAUUCCACGGCCUCUGUGAACAAAACUUGAACCCUAAUGCAAAUCCCAGACCCACAGCCCAGGACCUAGCUGGGUUUUGGGAUCUCCUGCAGUUGUCCAUUGAAGACAUCAGCAUGAAGUUUGAUGAGCUGUACCACCUGAAAGCUAACAGCUGGCAGCUGGCAGAAACACCAGAGAGAAAG